GUCGUUCCUUUCCUUGUAGUCGCAACCCCUCGGCUGUCCAACUAUACCAUUCACCCCUGCUGUUGGCAGAUCACGAGGGUUGAAUUCUUCCAUCUCCACAACAUGACGCGGUAGUCUGACAGAUCUCAAGUUGUCUUCAUCAUGCGAACUGCGGCAACCUUCCCUUUGCGCAAGCUCGCGCGCCAAUCUGGGCUCCUUGUCCAACCCAUCCACAGGCGGUACCUCUCUACAGCAUCACGGAGGACAGUAGCCCAAUUUCUAGAGUGGAAGCCCGAAACCGAAGUUAAAGAUGUUGCCGUCAAUGGAUACGUCCGGUCUGUUCGCAACAUGAAGACGGAUCGAUUUGUCAAUAUUGGCGACGGUUCUUCACGGUCGCCUAUCCAGGCACUGGUAUCAAGGAGCGACGAAGAAAGCGCGAACCUGCGAGUCGGUGCAGCAGUCCGCCUACGGGGUGUCUGGACUCCCUCCAAAACAGACGGUCAAAGUCACGAGUUGAAGGUCGAUCAUGUCGAAAUCCUAGGCCCCUCUGACGCAAAGACGUUCCCGAUUCAGAAGAAGUACCAAACACCUGACUACCUUCGCACCAUGCCCCAUCUUCGAACCAGAAUACCACUGAAUGCCGCAAUCCUACGAUUGAGAUCAGAAGCCGUCGCGUUGUUGACUCAAUUCUUCGCCUCUCGAGACUUUACCCAAACUCAUCCGCCCAUCAUCACAUCUUCAGAUUGCGAAGGGGCAGGCGAGGUCUUCAACGUUACUACGGGCUCGACCGAGACACCCGCAAUCUCGAAUACGGGCAAGGACAAGCCAGCAAACAUGUUCUUCCGCUCGCCAAAGUACUUGACGGUGUCUACUCAGCUUCAUCUUGAGGCGUUAGCUCAGUCUCUGGGACACGUAUGGACAUUGUCGCCGACCUUCCGAGCGGAGCGGAGCGACACCUCAAGACACAUGAGCGAAUUCUACAUGCUGGAGGCGGAGAUGAGCUUCGUCGAUGAGCUAGACGAGGUCACAAACCUUGUUGAAGACAUGCUCCGCAGUUUGGUCACUGGCUUAUAUCAGACUCGUGCUGCGCGAGAACUGCGCCAACGACAAGCGCCCGGGGAGAAACGAACAGCAGAAGAUGACCUGGUUCCGAUCGACGAAGUGGAGCGUCGUUGGAAGGGAAUGAUGCAGAGCCCAGGUUCCAGAUGGCCACGCAUUGCGUACGCCGAUGCAAUCAAAUUGCUCCAGGCAGAAGAACAUCAGUUCGAGAUCAAGCCUACAUGGGAAAGCGGCCUGCAUUCUGAGCAUGAAAAGUUCCUCGCCAAAACUCUCGGUGCCACCAGCGACUCCUCUGCCUAUUCUCCCGUCUUCGUUACCCACUACCCUCGGGCGAUCAAAGCAUUCUACAUGAGGAAAUCAGACACCGCAACUUCCGGUUACGAUCUGCCAGGUGACACAGUCGACUGCUUUGAUCUUCUGGUCCCUGAUUUGUGCGAGAUUGCGGGCGGCUCAAUGCGUGAGCAUCGCUUGACGGACUUAUUGGAGACUAUGAAGGCUCGCGGCAUGGGCUCUCCAGCUGAUGGCGGACGCGAUGACACCAACGGCAGCGAUCUCGAGUGGUAUGUUGACCUUCGCCGUUGGGGAUCCAAUCCACACGGCGGCUUUGGCCUGGGCUUCGAUAGAUUGCUGAGUUAUCUCGUGGGGGUCCCUAACGUCAGAGACGUUGUGGCCUUUCCACGCUGGUUUGGCCGGUGCGACUGCUAAGGCGGUCAGCGGACAGUCUAGGAUGAACCGGGGGCCAAGUCAUACCAAUUCACGAUGCGGUGCCUCGUCAAGCUUUGCCUACCUGGGAUUCUGGAAGCCGGGCUUGAUGAAACCAGUACGAUAGAAGUUGCACGGCGAUGCGCGACGUUCGUGCAACCUCACUUGGCAUAAAGAUCGUCGACCUUAAGUCGCCUUGUGCAUGUGCACCAUGCUCUCGAGCUGCCAAGCGCGACGCCUGAGACCUGAUCGCAAAGCUCGAAGCUCUGUACACCAUGGCUUGCAGUUGACAGAAUUCGAUACCCAUGGGAUAAACACGCGACGUUGUACGACGGAAGGGACCAAGCAUCCAGUGGCUCGGUCUCACUUGGUAUGCAACGCGAAUCAGACCACAUAAAUUACAGGGUCGUGCAAGCCGAUGUUGAAGGCGAUCUCAAGUCGCUCAUCGAAAUGACGGAUGGGCCUAGGCAGGCCGCCGUCAGAAUUGAGAGUCACGGAGCAUCACUUGGUUUGGUCAUCGUUGACCAAAGCCGUCCCUAUCUUUGACCACCUACCCUCAAUGUCACGGAACCCUCAAACUUCAUGGAACACAUGUCUAAAUUCUUUGUAAUUUGCCCAUGAUCUUGCGUCCGGUGCCACAUUACAAGGCUCUGGACUCUGUAUCAACACCGUGUACACUACAAUACCCG